AUGGCUUCUGAUCUCCCUGAUACACACCAACAUCCCUUAGAGAAUCCCAUUUUCACGGUAACCUUCACCUGGAAACAGUGGCAGGGAAAGAUCUUCGAUACCCAAAACCCCUCAGAGCCCAUCUACACCAUAAACUUCCCAUUCCAAUUCGCCUCCAAAUCAGCAGCCUCAAUGAUCUUCAAAAAAGCACCCACCGAAGAAGUCGUGGGAACCGGCAAACUCAAUCUGGUAUCCAUUGAUCCUAGCUACGUGCUCCAUGGCCAGAAAGGUCAGCUCCUGGCGCAGAGACGGUUCCGCACGGUGUAUACCCACCGCUCACUCAAUUUCGCUACCAAUGGGACACCAGUUACUAUGACGUGGUCCAGUGCGGCGGGGUUCAAGACUUGGGACUUUGUCUGCGUUGAUGAGCAGCAGAAUGCUGUGGCCAAAUUCACGGGAAAUCCAUGGGGAGUCACGAAUAUUGGGAAAAUCGAGUUCGAUGGGCCCAAGAAACAUGACCGGGCUGCGCAGGAGGAACUCUUGGUUACGGGUAUCACGCUGUUCUAUUGUGUGAUGAUUCGGUGCAAUAGUAUCUUCAAUCUCUUUGGCGCUAUAUUCUCUCGUCCGGGGCGCAAGGCACAUGUUGAUCCUCAGCCCAUCGCUGGGACGGGCGAGGGAGCAGCGGAUCGUUCUUGA